AUGGAUCUUUCAGCCAAACAAAAACGAGAUAUUAAGGAACAUGGCUUCGCAUAUUUAGAACCAUUUCAAUUUCAACUUCUUUACGACGAUAUAUUUCAAAAUGGCGAAAUGAAUAUUUAUGCGAAUAUGAGCGAAGUCGAAAGAGAAGAACGAUCGGAAAUUUCGAUUCGCUAUCUCGCUUCAAUAACAAACGAUACCUUAUCAAAUAAAAUUCGACAAAAGCGAGUAAGCAAUCCUUUUCCGAAACAAACAAAAAAAUUGGAUGAGAAUUUUCAGAGAAUUAAUCAAAAAGAAGAGGCGACAGAUAAUUCUUCACCAAAAACUGAAUCAAAUGUGCUAAGACCAUUUGCGUUCGCUAAUUUUAUUGCUCAAGGUGCUGCAUUAGAAGCAUAUGUGCUAUCGCCAAGUGCUUUUAUAGCCGAAAUUUUGGCACCACAGUCUUUGAUUACAUUCGCAUUAUCGCCUCGAGCUUUCAAUGGUGUUGUAUUGAGUCCAAGUGCAUUGAUAGCCCGUGUUUUGUCACCAACCGCUUUUAAAGCAGAAGUUCUUUCACCAAGAGCUCUAAAUGCAGUAGUACUAUCCCCAGAAGCACUGGCUGUUGAAAUUCUUACCCCACAUGCUAUCGAACCACGGAUUCUUAGCCCUGAAGUAUUAGUUAUUGAUAUACUCAAUCCAGCCAUUCUGGAGCCACAUAUAUUAUCUGAUGAAAAGAUUGGAGUAAUGAUUCUAAGUCCAACGGUUCUUUCGCCUCAAAUACUUAGCAAACGAAACAUGAUUGUAGAGAUUUUGUCGCCCGAAUUUUUUGGAACAAAUCUUGAGCACGAUGGACCUAAAGAAGAGCGACGAAAUAACGAAAAUAUGGAACUACACGAUGUUCAAAAUAUUUUAUAA